UGUCUGACAUGAACAGCACACAGUUUGAGUUGUGUAGUCUUGCGGGUUGGAUCCAUGGUAGCAGCACCAUUACUGCAAUGAUGCAGGCUGUGUUGUUAGCAAAAUUGUAAAUUUGUUUGCUUAGUGAAGAGUGCAUGUAAGCCAUAACAUCGUAAUUGAAAAAAAAAUAGUGCUUUUAUCGUUGUCAACGUAAUCCAUCUACUAGGGAAAAAAUUAAAGUGCUGUGGAAGUCAGCUGGCUUUAUAGCACUAUUCGAGUCAAAAGAUUCCAUCAUUCUAUCCUGCGAGGUAAAAAUGAAGAGCAUCGAGAGAGGAUUCGUUGUUCUAUCCUAUUUUCUACAACCUAUGAAUGUGUGUAAUUCGACCACUUGCACGGGUAGCAGUUAAAGCGGAUAGAGAACCUUGAGCUUUCCAUCCUUUUGUGAUUGUAUGAUGUUGAGCUGUCAGGUUUGCUAGAUAGCUGCUCCCGGGAAGCUGUAUGAGACGGAUUGCAAACGGUGUAUUGCCAGACGACAAGUUGCUGGUGAAUGAAAAUACUUUGAUUAGUGGCCUCUCGAGCUGGGAGCAUAGACGGCAUGAAUAGAAUUUUAAAUAAUGUAAUGUGGGGAAAACGUGAUCGAUAACUUAUGCUUGAUUCCACAACUCGUAUUCGCAGUCUGGUAUGCAGUGUCCAAGGCAAGUGUUGAACAGAAAAUCACAGUGCAUAGAAUGACGGGUGGUGUUCUCACGUAAUCUAUGGUGGGCGAAUAUAAAAGUCUGCUAAAAUAAUACACCUAAUAAUUGGAUUGUAUUUGAUAAGGAGAACAGGAAACUUAAAAGCUCAUGCUCAAUCUCUUCUCUCCCCUAGACCAAACCCGCAUCUUCCUCGCAGCAAUGAAUAACACAUCGUUUGCCACCGCCCAUUAUCACCCUCUCCAACAUCGAGCUGUCCGAUGGACCGACUCGGUUCGUACGUUACUACCGGUGGGUCUACUUGCCCGUACAGCACCGAUUCCAGUUCAUCAGCACAGUCCUAUGUCCGGCCAUUCGACACAAUAAGAGCUCUCCACGAAACGAUCGUAUCGCUACGGACAGCACUCGAAGAAAGCCGCCAGGACAACGACCGGUUGCGCAAACAAAUCAGCGUUCGAGACACUGUUGAAGAAGGAAGAAACUUUCUGAGAAAUCAACAGGCAGGUCCUAGGACUUAUAAUCUGAAAAAGUUUGAUAACGGCGUAGACGUAAAUUUGACAAGCGUACCUGAGAAGAAGUUGAAGAAAGGGAAACGAAAGAAAAUCAAAGUACCAGCAGACGAAACAGAGGAAGAUACGAAAUCGGUGGAACGAGAACCUUACUCUGCUGCUGAGGAAGAAGCGAAACUAGAAUCGCCCCGUAAAAAAUACUCUCCGAAAGAUGGUGGCCAUCGGAAAGUAUCCGUAGUGCCAGACAUUCAGAUCGCUUCUCAUCCCUCUUCGAGUCAUUCCACGAUGGCUUCCAGAAUCGAUGUGAAGAUAAAAGUUUCUUCGAACAUCAACGUCGAAGGUAGCAGCUCCGAAGCAGAGUCAUCGGAAAUCACCAAAGAUGAAGUGGAAGUUAAGGGAGUGAACACCGAGGCAGUGAGUACAACAGUAACCGAAGAGUCAGAGGACCAAACCGAAAAUGUUACUGUUCGAGAGGAAUUCGUCAAAGGCGAUGCAUCCAAUUUAAAAAUAAAUUUGGUCAAUGAAGAAAACCUUUGCGUAUCCAAAUCCACAGAAGGUAUUAACAUCAAGCAGAGAUCCUCGGAAAAUUUGCACAUCGAUGUAGACCGAUCAAGUAAUCCGUCAAUUUCCGAGGGUGACAAUUCAGUAUUCACAGAAGAUGUGGUUACCCCAGUCGAACAGGAUCAGGAGGGCGCCGUUGGUUUCAUAAAACCUGCGAAAACAGUAGUGAGAAAAAGCGAGUCAGAGAAUCAAGAGGAGGUUGAUGACAUCGAACUGAUUUUCUCAUCGAAUGAUAGUAAGGAAAUUAUUCAGGAGGACUUGGUAUCAAUUUCCGACUAUGAACCAUGGCAAGAGACGGGCCAAUCCGGAACACCAAUUCUGCUCAAGUUCCGACACCUUUCUUCGGAUCAAGAGACAAGUAAAAAGAACUCGGUCGAACGAAGUGAUAGCGAUACAGUGGAAGGCGACGAUUCGAAUAGAGACCUCCCGAAAGGAAAGAGCAUAGAAAGUCAGGAUUCGUUCGGAGCUGAUAGCAUAAAAAAGAGUUUAGAUUUCAGUACGAAGUCUUCCAGCUUGGAAAAGGACUCCAGCUUGGAUUACGGAGCUGAUAAUGUAAGACGGGAUGACAGUUUUGAAGUUGGAGUUACGAGUGGUACGGCCACGCUAGGAAAAAGAUGGACAAACUACAAUGUGUUAAUUGAGACGGACAUUUCCAAAUGCGGUAUCGCUGAGGAAAACAUUCUGGAAAUGGGUAGAAGAAAUACCUGCCCCAAUCCACCCGCAUACAGACCUAUUAUCCACACACGAACUCCAGCGGUCCCGUCGAGUCGUAAUCCGCUGGCCGUCAAAUUUUCGAGAAGCCCUCGGACCUAUUCACCCCACCAAUAUCUGCCACCUGGAAAAACUCUGCGAACAGUUACGUCGGCCGAAACGGCCGGUCAGUCCGUUAACUCGGACGAAGCCAAACGUUCACGAGCUGCACAAACCGACAUUACGGCACUUUCCCAGCAGUGGCGUUCGGAAACGCACCUGUCCCAAUCGGAAUUUGGCACAGGUUUGUAUACCCUACCGUCCAAAUUCGUUCCCCCGUCGGCCAAUGCCAGUCGGAAAUAUUCGCUUCGACCAUCGGAUAGGACCCAAGAGGCCCGUCGAGUGCUGCUGAGUGAUAUAAAUUUCACCAGCAUGGUACCGGAGCUAUCGCGCUCAGCAGAUCACCUGUGCCAGCAGGAGGAGGAUGUAGAAGAGAACAGCGAGAACCAGUCACCCAACUACUGCAAAGGCAAUCUGCUCAAGACUCCUGAGACCGUCAAGGGCAUUCCACCCAGCUACAGUAUGAAUUCCCCGGGCGUCUCACAGUGGACAGUAAACGAAAGUAGCAUAGCUACGCAGACCACCCAAACCGAAGCCUACUGGGGCGAUCGUGGAGAUUCGUUCGAUUCGUCGAAAAGCUACUCACUGGGAUCACGUUACUCCACCUUGAGCAAACAUCAUCGCUCACGCAGCGUUCCGUCAAUACGAUGUGCCAUCUGCAGGCAGGGUCAUCAAACGACAACGCUUCGCCCGUCGGAGAGUAUGCACUACACUCCACGGGUAACCUUUCAAGAACCGUCACACAAAAUUCGCGGAUCUCUACCGGACCUUAGGCACGAUUGUAACUGUCCGAGGCGAUACGGAGGGCCGUCUCUGUACCGAAUUCACGGAGACUCCGGGGGAUCGACUGACAGUUUGCUGGAAGAAGCCGAAGAGUUUCUCAGACGAUCGAUUGAAGGAAAUAUCAUGUUAGAAGAUCCUGAAGGUCGGUGUGAACCACCGCUACCACCGACGCCUGUACCACAUAUCGUAGGUUCACCUAAACACCGCAGAUGUUCUGAAAAUGACAUUCAAAGAGAUUACAUUCCUUCGAAACAUUCCCUGCCAUUCCUCCCAAAAACGGCCAAAUGUCUCAAACCUGGACACCUGGCCAAAGUAAUAUCACGCAACGGCCGAGUGGUAGUUGGCCGUGUUCGCUACAUUGGCCCGCUGGCGGGUUGCAGCGUAGGAGACGCGGAUGAGAAAUACGUUGGUCUUCAACUACCGAACAAUUUGGGCGAUUGUGACGGAUCGAUGGACGGAAAAAAGUUUUUCGAUUGUGAACCCCUCCAUGGUAUCUUCGUCCCAUUCAAAAAGGUUGUCAUGGCGUGGAAUUCUUAAAUGAACAAUCGCAAGCAAAGGUACUGAGCAUUAGUUUUACUGAGUAUAACCAGAAGAAUACCCCAGAUUUGUAUAGUACAUGUUCAAACAGAAAAACUUGUAUAAUUAGAAAGGCAAAUGAGUGGGCAAAGCACUGCGGUUUCAGUCGGCCUCAUCGGUCGAUGAUGAUCCUUCAAUCAAACGGAGACUUACUUGAAUGGUUAACUACCGAAGAAAACGACACAAUAAGCAUCUUUUCAGUUGGAAAUUCGUCUAUAUUAGUCACAAAAGAAACAGUGUGCUCUUUAUGUGGCCUCAGUUGGUAGGUAAAAUUAAUGAUACUUGAAUGGAGUUUAGGCGGUAGCGUCUCGAGCGAUCUAGACAAUUCUAGAGAUGUAGGAAAAUAGGUCAAAUUUGGAUCCAUGAACAAAGACUAUCGUCGAAAAGAUAAGUACAUGACAGAGAUCAACAGAAUGCUUUCAAAAGUUAAAGUGAAUGCCUAGACGAAAGAAAAACACAUCAAUUUAGAAAAUUUCUGUGUUCAGUGUCGAAGUCAUAGAGGUACUAGUUUUUAGUAAUGCAAAUAUUUGCUGACGAUGUCCCCAGAAUAUAUAUUACUAAUUAUCGAGAAUACGUCAUCUAAUCAUGAAUCUUAUUUAUAACACCAUCUUAAUGGUUAAUUCUUUGAGUCUUGUCACUCCAUGCCUUAUGAUAAAAAAAGAACCGGAAUUUUCAUUUUAAAAUUCCCACGCUUGUCCAAUCGGUAAACUUUUAUUCUCUCAACGUUGGCAACACUUUUAUACACAUUCUGUCAAAUUUUGACGCAUAUCGUACGAUUAGUUUUUGUUUGGCGUCUAUACAAAGAAUUUGAAAAAUUUUCGUGUGGCGAUUUUUAUAAUGGAUGAAAAUUUAGAAAAACGUGCGUGCCUUCGAAGCGCUAUUCGGUCGAUUGUUGUGCGGUUUCGACGUCAUAUUCAUAGAUCCACACCUCAUCACCAGUUAUGAUGCAUUCGAUGAAUGUGGGGUCACUAUCUGCGUUGGAAAUCAUCUCUUUGGCCACAUCAACACGACGCUGUUUUUGAAUGAAAUUCAGCUUUUUUGGCACCAGCCGAGAAGCGACGCGUUUCAAUCCCAAAACAUCAGUUAAAAUGUGUUCGGCUGAUCCAUAAGAGAUGCCCAACAACACAGCAAUCUCUCUAAUCGGUACAGAACGAUUUUGCAACACGAUUUGCUUCGCCGAUUCAAUGUUUUCUUCAGUGACAGAUGUUGUUGGGCGGCCAGGGAUCUCAUCAUGAUCCAAGCUUGUACGACCACCUUUGAAGCGUUUAUACCACUCGUAUGCCUGUGUUUUUUCUAGACACGAUUCACCAAAGGCCUUUUCUAACAUUUUCAACGUUUCGGAACACUUAAAUCCAUUUGCAACACAAAAUUUGAUGUACGCACGUUGUUCUAAAUUUUCGCCACACGAAAAUUUUUCAACCUCUUUGUCAAACAAAAACUAAUCGUACGAUAUGCGUCAAAAUUUGACAGAAUGUGUACAAAAGUGUUGCCAACGUUGAGAGAAUAAAAGUUUACCGAUUGGACAAGCGCGGGAAUUUUAAAAUGAAAAUUCCGGUUCUUUUUGAUCAUAAGGUAUAGGAAGAAAACACAAACAAAAAACCAAAGAAACAGAUAUUCAAUACAAGUACUAGAAAUGUAUGUUUUUUUAUAAAAUGGGAUAUUCGCUUAAGAGUGUUCAACCAAAAACACUACUGAGGGCUAGCCGGCUCGUGUGAAUGUUCCGGUAUAAAAAAAAUUUAUUAAACUAAUCAUGACGGAUAGCCGUUGGUGUUAACGGAGUAGUGCUUAGAACUACUUGAGUUUAGGUAUUUCGGGAUGAAAACGAAACCAAUUUUUUUUAAGCAUAUCUGCAUUCGUGGUUGUAAAUGAGCUGUAAAAAACCCUUAUUUCUUGAACUUUACUCUGCUUUAAAGAAAACAGUAUCACAACGAAGGCGUCAAAUUAUGUUUUGUAUCGUGAUGUCACAAAUCAACAAGCAUUCAUCCUUGACAGUUCAGCGUUACUGUUUACAAACAAACUUAAAACAAAUUCAGGAGCACAUUACAAACAAUCAUCUUUACACAUCACAAGUAGCCACUUUUAUUUGAUAAAUCUUCAAAACAAACCGUAUGGAAUCAUCAACCAAUGUUUUUAAGUUCUAUUUGAGCGAGAUGGGCCGUGAACGGUCUCAUCCGUCUGCAAACAGACAAAAAAAAACUGUUUACAAACAGUACUGCUGUACUGUCAAAAUGUUUUCAUCCGAUUGAGGUUAGCAGUGACGGUAUGAAACCUAAUUUCCGAAGUCUGGCUCCAAAUCGCAACGCUUAUUGUGUUACCUUGUCUUCCACUCUUCAAAAAUUUGAAAAUUUUAAAGUUUGAAUAAUGUUCAUGUUUUACAUGUACCGAUUAUUGUUUACAUUUCCAAUAACACGUAUUCAAAUUAGAAUGAAUUUGUAUACAAACCACCGUUAGCUGUCGAACGAUGUUUAUUCAGUGAAUUGUGGGAAGUUCGUGUAGAACUUUAUCAACAUUUAAAUCUGAAUUUUCAGCCUUUUUUAUGUUAAAUUGAGUAAAAGUAGCUGUGAAAUUCAUUAUGUGACAUAUUAUCUCCAUCUUUCGGGUUGGAAAUUUACAUCGAUUAUUACGCUCCUUAUAUGUGCAUCUUUCGAGACGUAAAUAUACAUGAUUCAUUCGUGCUGUUUAUCGUUGGAUUGAUGUUGAUUCUUCUGAGCCUCUACCACAAAGCGACGGUUAGGAUAAAAACCGAAUCAUGUACUAAAUUUAUUGGUAUUAUUUUAGGAAAUAAAGUUGAAGUCAGUCAUUUGUUUGGGAUCCAUACUAAUCUUCAAGCAGCUGUUGGAUGUUAAAGACAUCGGGAUAUCAAACAAACGCAUACUGACUGAAUACAUAACUUCACAGAAAGUUCUUGAACUUUGCAUCGUUUUUUAUUGGAAAUUAUACGUCAGUUCUUUUGGAUGGUAAAUAUAUAGUAAAUAGCUUCGAAGAAAUUUACAUUAGAUGACGUUACUACUAAUAAGUACUGUCGGAAGUCUUCCGACCUAUAUUUAUUCUCGUGUCCGUAUAAAAGUCAGUUUCAAUUCAAUGUAAAAAUUAACUUCCCUUGGGCUCAAACAAAGUCAACCUUAAUAAAUUAUCGAUAAUUGCGGAAAGCACUUUUGUUAUCAGCAGUGUUGGUGAUUGCCAAUAAUUUGACAGAAACUACUGGAUAUACAACAUGUUCAAUCCGGUAGAAGAUGCUACAAGAACUCGUGUCUCUCAAUGAAUUUUUUCACAUUUCUUCGCUUCACUUCAUACUCUGAGUAUUUCACGGAGCUUAAAAGAAUUUACAGUCUGGUAAUGAUCGGAGCUGUGUAGAAUUUACCAAGAGAGAAUCGCAAGUUGACAAUUAUCACAGAAAAUCGAAUCGAUGAUUCGACUUGAUCUGAUCAACUAUGAAACAACAUACUAGGUUGCAAUAUUUCAAAACCCUUAUGUGCAGCAUUCACAUACAUUUUCAUAGACACAACAUAUACAAAGGUUAUAUGCACCUAGUUAGAAUAAGCGGCAAUAGUAAAAUGAUUCUAUCGCAAUUAUAAACUGCCCAUAUAAAUUCGGACCGCGAAAUAGAAUAAGUGACCGUUUGUUGCUUCCGAGAGAAUCCUCCACAGCAGCGUGCUAACCUAUGAUUCUCAGACAGGUUAUCGAGAGAAAUUCGCUCCGGCACUGGUGUUUUCUGUUGCUGCGAUAAUAUCCGUCUCUCUUAUAUGGCAUCCGUCUCUCUUUGAUGGCACUGAUUGAAUCGUGUGAAGAGUUGCUAGAGAGCGUUCUUUGAUACUAUAAAAUCCAUCCUUGGUUAUCAGUGUUCUACCACACCCACCGUAUUCACCAGACAUUGCUCCUCCCAACUUUCCACCAAAUCUAUUGCAAAAACAUGCCACCAUCAUUUUUGAAUUCGUAAAGUAUAUUAAUCAAUGUCUACUAUCAUUUAUUUACUUUACACGUUAUUUAAAAAAAAACUAGAGCUAUUUCCGAUAGAAUCUAAAUGUUAAACAUUUCGGUUUUUAUAAAGAUGGUCUUAUAAUUCAAAUAAUCUGCAUUAAAAUGUUCCGAAUUUUAUAAUUAAAAUCUUUCGUUUAAAUCAAAACAUUUGGAAAUUGAAUAAAUAAUGUUAGAAUGAAAAUUGUAGUCAAAGGUCCUAUAAUGCAUCGUUUUGUGUGAACUUUUUUGUAUCACAUGUUUUCAGAAAUAUGAUAUUAAAAUAAUGUUGAAAUAGACAAACAAAAUCACAGGCGAUGUUCUAACAUGUACUAACACGUAUUUAAAUAAAUAUACUACAUACCACAUCGGUCAAAAAGUUCCCGGUCUGAAAACCCAUACUUUUUUCUCCCAAUUUCGAAUUAGUUCAUCAAAGUAUUCUCCUUAGAGAGCGAUACCAUUGCUCCAACGAUUUCUCAUUUAAAAAAUCAUCUUUUUGGUAUGCUUAUAAAGAUUUAUCCCGCAACUUUUCCAAUUUUCGAUUUUCCAUAAGAUAAAAUGAACUUCUGAGACCAACUAUGAAAUAUUUUGGAUGACCACGUUGAAAUUUAUCAUACACACUCAAAACCGAUUCUCGGGCUCGGCAUAAUGAAGUACGAAAUUGGAUCGGCAACACGAACUGUUAUUGAUUGUUCAAUAAUCCAUAUCCGAAAUCAACUAUUCAUUCAAUAAUAACACUUAAAACUUUUUUGAGAUACCCGAAAAGCACGGGAAAUCAAUAUUCAACAAUCGAAUACGAUUUAUUUCGGAUACUUUACUUACUAUUCCCGGGUAUCUGAGAAAUAGUAUUGUCUGAACUCACACAAGAUUUAGCAGGAUUAGAAAAGAAUAGCAGAGAUUGUGUGAGAUUAGCAACUAUAAGCAAGUUUAGAAGAGUUUAGCAGGGAUUAAAAAAGUUUAAGAUAGAUGCAUGGGACUAAAAAAGUUUUCGAGGGAUUAUGCAGGAUUCGUAAGUUUAGAAAAGUUUAACAGGAAUUAAGAGUGGGAUUAGGUGAGAUGAUUUCGGAUUAGAUGAGUUUAUUUGUCUGAAUAAUUUGCCUCUUGUAAAGGUCAUUUUCAUUUGCUGUUUUGAAGUCUGAAGUGGUUUAGAAACAGGGCAGCCACGAAGGGACUCAUCGUUAAAAUUUUAUCUGGCGGAAAAAGCGAUAAAAUGAAGAGUACACUUCGAGUGUAACAAUAACAAGAUUAAAAUUUCACUACUUCUCUCGAUGAUUUACUGAGAUUUUGCAAGAUUAUUUUUGCAUUCAGUGAAGAAUUUAAGAGCGUUCAUGCUGGAAGACUCGAAAACAAAACUUCUGAAUAUUGUCAGUUUGGUUUAAACAAAACUUAGACAUUUUGAUUUUCAAAAACUAAUUGAAAUUUAUAUUGUUUCUGUGUCGUUCUAUCGAAAUGAAGUAUGUCUUUCCCCAAAUAAAAUUGCUGUCGGACGAGGGAUGCAUCCGAGGUGGUCACCCUAUUUAACGAUAUUAUGUACUGUAUUAUAUUGCAACGUAAUCUUCUAGAGUCUCAGUUUACUUAUGAUUACUUCCACUAGAAAAACUAUUUACAACCAUAAGAAGAGAAACGACAACAUCCACGACACGUUUCAAUCCUCGAGAGGCAAAUCUAUUCGGUCGUAAUCGCUUGUUCAGAGGCACGAUAAAAUUAUGAACUGAGUAAUAUCGUUCAGCUGGUUCACCGAUAAUCCGGCACUAAACAUUGAAGAUGUGUUGCUAUGACCCACUUAGAAAAAAACGUUCAACGGUGGUCCUUCAUUGGUCCAAUACGUUGGAUCAUUGGUCCAAUGAAAGUCCAAUCAAUCGUUCAACGGGAGGCCAACACGGGACCUUCGUUUGCCGAUUUUGAAACAGACCGUUGAACCGAAUGCCAUUUUUUUCGUUCAACAAACCCGGCAGACAGAGGUCCAUUGUUGAGCCAUUUUUAACAUGAGGAGUUGGAACCACGUUGGACUAGUUUUACUGCAGAGUUUCUGAAGUUUUCUCCUCUUAUUUGUUUAAACUAACAAUACAUACCUGCACAAUACUUCUACUUCACGUAGAAUAACAACAAAUUAUCUUUCUAUGUAAAGGUAACACUUAAUUUUCACACUAUUUUUGCAAGAGAAAAAACAACAACAAACCGUUCCAGCAAAUUGAACGAAUAUUUCGUGCAAUAUGUCGUUCAACAAACCAACAAAAUUGAACGGCCUGCUGAGAGGGGAACUAUCGUUGCAACAAUUGACAACCCAGUAAAUUCGAGCAUCGGACGGGCCGUGCAUGAAAGCUGAUGAAAGCGUUUCGAACAAGAUUGUCGUUUACAUUGUGUAUUGCUAAUGCAAAAGCGUGAAUAGAUACCAAAGCAAGGAGCACACACCUCUAGGGACGGGUAUAGCGUGAUUGGUUAAUCGGUGCCUUUCAUGCAGCCCACCACCCUCUCAGCAGGCCGUUCAAUUUUGUUGAUUUUUUAGCGCUUAUUGAACGACAUAUUGCACGAAAUAUUCGUUCAAUUUGCUGGAACGGUUUGUUGUUUUUUCUCUUGCAAAAAUAGUGUGAAAAUUAAGUGUUACCUUUACAUAGAAAGAUAAUUUGUUGUUAUUCUACGUGAAGUAGAAGUAUUGUGCAGGUAUGUAUUGUUAGUUUAAACAAAUAAGAGGAGAAAACUUCAGAAACUCUGCAGUAAAACUAGUCCAACGUGGUUCCAACUCCUCAUGUUAAAAAUGGCUCAACAAUGGACCUCUGUCUGCCGGGUUUGUUGAACGAAAAAAAUGGCAUUCGGUUCAACGGUCUGUUUCAAAAUCGGCAAACGAAGGUCCCGUGUUGGCCUCCCGUUGAACGAUUGAUUGGACUUUCAUUGGACCAAUGAUCCAACGUAUUGGACCAAUGAAGGACAACCGUUGAACGUUUUAUUCCAAGUGGGCAGGGAUUGAUUCCCAACCCCGAACAUUGGGUCAGAGUUUAUCUGACCUAAAGAGGCGAAUGAUCUUAAGGUUAAAAUGUCUACAGCCGAGACAAAAAAAAAUGCCGGAUGCUCUUUAUCACACUAUCGGGGGGACGUCGGCUCGAUAAUGCUUUGAUUUGGUAUUUUUCUUCACUCUUUUCCGCUAGCGAUACAUAUUGUAAAUAUAUGCAAAGCUUUUAGGUUGACGCGGCUGACAGAAAUGGUGAAGAAUUGCCCGAUGACGGCCCGAGCGCUGACCACGAUCAAUCGGACCGAUGCGGCUCGAAAGAACUCACUGGGAAGAAUUUCAAUCAGUUCCGGCCUAUGGGAACCUGGGGUGAAAAUCGCCAGAAAAUUAUAUUUACCCAAAAAGAUAUAUACUAUUCGAAAGCUAUAACCUUCAGCUAAAAACUCAUAUAGCUUGAGAAACAUAUCCCAUUUUAUACGGGCGCAAUCUUGCUUCAAGUGCUAACCUCGAAAAUAUAAAAUCUAAAGUAUCAAAAUGAUUGGGGCGAAAAUGGUCAGUCACAUCUCGACGCAGGAAACAAUCAGACAUGUCCAAAUAUUGUGUGAAAUUUUAAUGUUUCUUACAUGAAAAAUUUUAUUUCAUCAUAAAAUUACUGAUUUUAUUAGGGCAACAUGAAUCUGAAAUUUUAUACGAAAAUCUAUGGAUCUCAUGACAGAAUUUUAACUAUUAACAGAGAGAAUACUGCAUGUUUUAUCACGAAUCAAAACUCUCGACGAUAUUUUUACUCGCUUUGGCGCAGAGGAAUUGUUCAACUGAAACUGUAAACCUACAAUUUUGGCUACAGCACUUUUUGUCCCUCCAAAAAUUUAUUGGAGUGGCCAUGCCCUCCCAAUAUUUUGGCAACUGGAAUAAAUAUUUGAAAAUUUGCUAGAAAUAUCUUAUGAUAUAACACUUUUUCCUGUUAUCCCCCUUAGUUCGUCUCCGUAAUCGUUCAUAUUUCUCAACUAAGUUACUAUAAUUUUUAAACAAAUUUACUACAAUGUGAAAUGCGCUAUACUUUACCACAUUCGAAUAUUGCUUAUUACUGGAAUAGUAAGGAAAAUGUUUGUGAUCGUGUCAAAACAUUCGGAAGAGAAACUAAACCUGCUUACUUUGUUGCUUUUUGUUUGCUCUAACCUCUCCGCUCCCUUUAUAAAAAUGUUUUAUAUAUUGCAAAGUUUGACGGGGUAAUAGCAAUUGGAAGAGCAAUUCCACAGAAAAGGUGUUAGGUAGAAGUUCUAUCUCUAGAAGAAACAUUUUUGCCAAUUUUCUUUUUGACUAUCACAUUCAUUCAUCUUUUACCUUUUAUCUAGCAAAUUAUAACUGAAUUUUGAGCGACUUGAUGUAAUGAUGAAAUAUAGGAAAUAAAUCGAUCAAGAAUCGAUUGUUCGAGGGAAGCAGUAGAGACCAUCGUUCCAAAAUUACUACACUAAAUCCCAAGAUACCAAACGCCUUCGGUUUUACUGAAAAAAAUAUGUUUGCAUAUAAGCUUACGCCUAGAAGUAACAAACAUAUGAGAAUAAUUGUUAUAAAUAUUGAUGUGAAUACUAACGAAUGCAAAGUGUUAUGCCUAUAUCCAUAUUCGUGAAGGAACAAAACCUUGUAUGUGAAAUUCACACCGUGAAUGUACUUAUACUACAUAGAUUGAGAAAAGUGUUAUGAGCUGCGAAACAACACAGCUAAUGUGAAAAUAAAAACUAUAUUGACUAACUGGAAAUAGAUUGAAUAAAACAAUCCGAUAUAACAAGAA